AUGGCUGCCCUAAAUAAGCGUACGGCUGCGUGGUCAUCAUUAAAGCGGGUAGCUGCAAAAAUAGUGGCGGAUGACUACGUUGAGGAUGGCUUUGGUAUGCAGCAAGAUCGUGCAACAUUGCAGGCACACUUCGAAAAACUAGAAACUGCACAUGGUGAGUUGGUGGCUUUGGCAAGAGAUGAUACUGAAUUAUGGUCUCACAUCAAGUUGUGGGACGAGGUGGAAGACUUAUAUAACGAGGCGUGCGUUGCAUUGCGGCGUGAGUUGGCCCGUUGUGAUGCACAAAAUACGGAUGCACCUUCCAAUAUGGCAGGCGGUGCUGUAUCUUCCCAAGGCUUGGCAAUUAAAUUGGAACGAUUGGCGGUACCCAAGUUUGAUGGCACGAUGCGCAAUUGGCUGGCAUUUAAGGACACAUUCGAGACAUUGGUACAUUCGCAAGAGUUUCCAGAGGCAUACAAGCUUGACAAACUGCGAGAGGCAGUCCAUGGUGAUGCAGUGGCGCUUGUCGGAGGCAUGUACAGUGGCGGGUACGAUGAGGUAUGGGCUGCACUGAAGGCUCGAUACGACAAUCCGAAACAGUUGGCUGAAAUACACGUGGCUAGGCUAAUUGGCUUCAACCCACCACAUGCUGAGUCAACAUCUGCGUUGCUCUCGGUGGUUGAUACAGUGCGAGAGUCCUUGCGAGCACUUGCAGUAAUGAACCUACCUGUGGAUCAAUGGGAUGCAUUGGCGGUACCCAUGAUAGUGGCCAAGUUACCAACAAUUACGCAACAGGCAUGGGGCAUGAGCCGCACAACUAAUCAAAUUCCUCCUUUGGCAGAUUUGCUUGCAUUUUUGGAGACACGAGCUCACAGUCUAGUUGGCACUGUUUGGCGAGAAAUGGAGAGCAAACCAAAAUCUGAUGACAAGACCGCUACACUACAAUAUCGUGGCACAUCUCAGGCUGAUUAUAAAAGGCCAGGCUCACGUCUAAUGAGGACAAACCUAAUAGCAACUACUUCAGGCCACUGCCAGUUUUGCAAUGACGCAUCGCACCAAAUAGGCAAGUGCACCAGGCUAUUGGCUUGCUCACCAGCGGAGCGCUUCACACUGCUUAAAGGCUCGAAUCUUUGCUUCAAUUGCUUGAAACCUGGACAUUCUACUAAGGCAUGUGGCUCAACUAAUUGUCGCAUAUGCAAUGGCAGGCAUCACACUCUACUAUGCCGAAGUUCACCAGCGCAAACUCCUCCUUUGCAAGAGUCCAAACAGCAGGCACAAGCUACACCUCAGGCACCAGCGAAACCGAACCAGGCUGGCAUUCCACCACGUGUGCAUCAGUGA